AUAGAUAGGAUCGAGAAGACAAAGAAUUUAAGGGAAACUAAAAAGCAAAGUGCAGGCAAAAUUGCAAAGCAAUUGACAAUAUUUACGGACAGUGAUUUCAUUAUUGUUUUAUGAAAAUGUCCGCAACAGUGGACACCAAAUAAAUUUUUUGCUAGGAGAAACAGUUGAGUUUUGUUAUAAAAUCACACUCAGAUUUGAACAAUAAACUAGAAACAGUGAAAAUAUAUACAACUUGUUCACUAUAAAAUUCUCUACACAAUUCCACUAUUGUUAUUAAAAUUAAUUAUUAAAAGAGAAGUUAAAGGAUUUUCUACAUGACAAGAACGAACAGAUGGUAGGUUGGCUUCGUUUCAGAAGAAAUGUAAAAUUGGUAUCUACAUUUAGAAAUAAACUGUUGCACGAAGAAUUUGUAUCGUGCUUUCGUGGUGAAAAUGGUUCCAAAGAAGAAUUAUUUGUUAAACUUGAAGUAGCAAAACGCGAAAGGCAAAUUAAAGAAUUUAUGCUUAACAAGAAGAGAAAAGAGUCAAUAAUUCAAAUAACUCAAUCUGUGAAAUUGAGAAAGAUAAAAUUACUGUUAAUCGAGAAGAAGAUCGAGUACAAACAUAAUGAACAGUUCGAGUCUAUGAAUUCGACUUUGGGAAUGAAAUUCAACGUUGCGGAAAAUAUACUGAGUAAGAGCAGAUGCUUCUCCAGUUACAAUUCGAAAAUUGUGAAAGAAUCGAUUUGUAAAUGU